AGGUUUAACCGGAAGUGUGUGGUUGCUAAGAAGCCAGAUUGUACACAUACUAGGACAGUUUUUCCUUUAGCUAGAAUAGAGGCUAACAACAGAAACAAAUACAAUUCUGGACAUAUUGUAUUAGUUUUUUGCCUGCGGAGCUUCGUGUUGUCAUUAAAUAUGUCAAGCCGGGAUCCUUUCCCCUCCACAAAGUUUGAAAACGGCUUCACUCUCAGCGGCAUUAGGCCGCCGCAGAGAAAAACAUGUGAUAAACCAACUCACAUUGCCCAAACAGAGCAACCCUGGAGUCGCCUCCAUGAUACAGCCACUUUGGCCAGCACACGGCGGAGUGUUAUGCAUUAUGAGCGUCAGGUAACGAUAAUGAUUUUGACAUUCAUUUAUGACACAAGAGAAAUAUUUCAAGGAAAACGCACCCUCAGUACUUUGAAUGCACCGCUCUUUUCUCAACCUCAGGCUCCAAACGACAGCCUCGACUUCCAACUGAAGUCUGUCUAUGAUCACCACAAGGACUUCUUCUGGAGAAAGAACCAGAUUUUAUACCAGAAGGAGACCGUCUCUGAGGACCAAAGGAAACAGGAAACGUUAAAGCAGGACAUGCAGGAAAAGGAACAAGAGAAAAACAUCAGAGUGUGGGUCGAUCCACAGAGGUGCUCCAUUUACAGCAUUAAGUGAAGCACAGGUGAAGGCAUUUUCAAACAAGGGCUACGCCAGGGAGAAUGGUGGCUUCUAUUCAACAUGAAGCUUCCAGUACUACUAUAUCUACAGUAACUGCUACCAACAUCAGAGCUCUGUAAAUAAAUGUCUUUCAGUGCA